UCUCUCGAAAUGGGGACUUUAUCGGCUGGGAUUGUCAUCGGCGUCUGCCUGAUCUUUCCAAAAUACAUCCUAACUGCUGCUCACUGCAUUUUGACUAAUCUGAAGGUGCGCCUGGGAGAGCACGAUAUUACAACGAAUCCCGACUGUCGAGGGCUGAUUUGCAAUCCAAAAUCAGAGGAGUACGACAUCGAAGUCGCAACCAAGCAUCGACACUUCAAUAAUAUAACCAUGCCUCACGACAUAGGUCUGCUCAAACUGAACAGAAGCAUCAAUUUUAAUGAACACAUCCAGCCCAUCUGUCUGCUGCUUAAUCCGAGGAGUGCGACCCAUGUGCGUGAGUUUCAGGCAUUCGGCUGGGGCUUGACCGCAUUCAACCAAUUCGCCACGGUGCUGCAGACCACGGUGCUCACCCGAUAUGACAGCCACUACUGUCGUAGGGCUCUGCCAGCGGUAGUCACGGAUAACCAGAUUUGCGCUGGCUUCGACGACAGGGACACCUGCGAGGGCGACUCCGGCGGUCCUCUGGUGACCAGGAUGGCCAUCGACGGGGUCAACCGCUACGUGCAGCUGGGCAUCGUGAGCUUCGGCCCAAUAAAGUGCAGGAGUCCAGCCGUCUACGUUACAUUCAAUGGAUCCAGCAAUCGAUGCGGGCACUUGGAAAUUAACUAGUGGCUUUCAAAUUAUUAUUUUCAGACAGUUUUUAGAUUCAGAGAUGUGACAGUACCGUAGGUUCCAUGUAAACAAAAAUCUUCAAAUUGUUGGUAAAGAAAUAAUUGAAGGCAAAAUAGUUGCACUUGGCAUAUAUUUUAAGAAUUUGUAUGGGAAAAGCGUUUACCUAUUAUUGAUAUUAAAUAUUAUAUAGAAUUUUUGCCAACGUGACAGUACAUUUUCGUAGCUUAAAGAUCCAAUAAGUUCAAUGCAUUUUAAUUAAGGAAAAAACCACUGAAAAAUUGUUAAAUA